UUAUUUAUCACCAAGUGUAACAUGACGGGUCAGUCAAUGCAUUUGAUCCAGAAGUUGUUGACAAAGACUGAAAAUAAUACUGUUGAGCAGACAGAAUAGGAAAAAAAUGUGAGAAUAUCAAGAAAUACUGCAACUAUAGGAAAAUCAAUUUCAGUAGAUAACUACAAUUCUAGUGCUUAUUGGCAGAAGAAAACUUGACGACCAAUGAUGCUAAGCAGUACCAAGAUAAUUCUUCGGCGCGCUAUUCUUGUUCUUGUUUUUCAUAUAGCAAAUGCUUCAUCAAACACCCUUAGUGUCAAUCAGUUCCUGCAAGAUUCAGAAACUUUAGUUUCCAAUAACAAUAGAUUCAAAUUGGGAUUCUUUAGUCCUGCGAAUUCGACGAAACGUUAUGUUGGUAUUAUGUUUAAUACCCAAUCACCAUCUGUCAUAUGGGUAGCCAACAGAGACAAGCCUUUACAAGAUUCUAGUGGAAGAGUGACAAUAUCAGAAGAUGGAAAUCUUGUAGUCUUGAAUGCACAGAACAAGAGUAUAUGGUCAUCCAAUAUUUCACCAGCUGUGAGAAAUUCUACUGCCCAGCUCUCGGAUAAUGGAAACUUAGUUUUACAGGACAUCUCCAGUAGGAGAGUUCUAUGGGAAAGUUUUAGUGAUCUUUCAGAUUCCUUCUUGCAGCACAUGAAACUUGGAACGGAUAAGAGUAUUAACACCACAAAUCUGCUGAAAUCAUGGAAAAGUCCUGUAGAUCCAUCUGAUGGGAGUUUCUCAGCUGGUAUUAGACCUGAAACAAUUCCCCAGAUUUUCUUAUGGAAGAAUGGCUUACCUCACUGGCGUAGCGGUCCAUGGAAUAAACAGGUUUUCAUUGGAGUACCCGAGAUGACUUCUUUCUAUUUCAGUGGAUUUGAACUAGUAAAUGACAACACGGGCACCGCCUACUUCUCUUAUUCAUAUGCAGAUCAAGGUGUUCACAUGCUGUACUUAGUCUUGAACUCAACAGGAUUUUUGCAGCAAAAAGAUUUAUAUGCUGGGAAGAAUGAGUGGGAAGUAACAUGGGCAAGUCCUGCAAAUGAGUGUGACUUUUAUGGAAAGUGUGGGCUUUUCGGAAGCUGUGAUCCUAAUAGUUCACCAAUUUGCAGUUGUUUGCAAGGGUUUAAACCAAAAAAUCAAGAGGAAUGGGGAAAAGGAAACUGGACAAAUGGAUGCAUCAGAAAGACUGUAUUAGAGAAUGAAAGAAAUAACUCUGGCAUUGAGCAAGGCACGCAAGAUUGGUUUUUGAAGCUGCAGUCAAUGAAAGUGCCGGAUUCCGCUGUUUGGGUACCUUCAGUCAAAGAAGAUUGUGAAAGUGAUUGCUUGAGGAAUUCCUCCUGCAUAGCUUAUUCAUACUACAUAGGCAUAGGGUGCAUGCAUUGGGAAGGAAGCUUAAUUGAUGUUCAGAAAUUCUCAAACGGUGGGGCUGAUUUAUUCCUUCGCCUUGCAUAUACUGAACAAGGGGAAAUUGCCAGAGGGGCAAGAAAUUGCUGUGAAAAGGCUUUCACAGUCUUCCAGUCAGGGGCUAGAGGAGUUUAUGAAUGAGGUUGUGGUUAUUUCCAAACUUCAACAUCGGAAUCUUGUUAGACUCCUUGGUUGCUGCAUAGAAAGAGGGGAGAAAAUGCUGGUUUAUGAAUUCAUGCCAAAACGAAGCUUGGAUGCCUCUCUCUUUGGUUAGUUU